CACGAUACAACUCUACAACUUCUGGAGCACGACGCACGGACCUUUUUCCAAGUGUUGUUUUUGAUGGAAGUGGUGGAGGCGGAGGCGGCUUUAUUGCUGUAGAUUGUUCUUUGACCAUUGGCUUCAGGCGAGCCACUUCUUGACGCAGCUCGUGAUUUUCUUUCUCCAGCUUAUCGUUCUUCAUUAGAGAAGCUUGAAGCUCCUUCACCAGACGCAUAAGAUCCGAAUCAUCCUCCCCAUUUGACUAAGUUAAAAGAUCCUCUGGCCCGCAAAUAAGUUAGAGGUAAGCAAAUACUUUACUUAGCCUUCCUAAUCACAUAAGAAGUAAAGAUAAUUUAUUAUACUGAAGCUUCAUUAACUUUAAGUUAGUAAGGAUUGAACCAUUAGGUACGAUAAUGGCUUGCGUCUCAAGUCAUAGUCAUCCCUCACCCACUCUAAAUCCACCUCGUACGUCCACGUAUGAGUGUGGCUGGAAUCCCUUUCUCUGUAAAAUAGUUUUCGCUCUAAAUCCUCUAACUUUAUAAACUGAUUUCACUCGUUUAUUUAUUUCACAUUUUCAUAACAAAAUUAUAAAUUGGAGUCACAAGAUGGUGUACUGAAGUAUUAAACAUGAGUUCACGAAAAAUAAACACACACGAAGAAAACAUGAAUCACCUCUAAAGGCAUUUAUUGUGGCUUUUUGAAUUUUUGAGAUUCUCUGCCUCUGAAGCAAAGGUAAAGUUGAAAAUGACAUGGUACCAUUUAGUAGUUUUCUCCUGCUUUUAGUGUCUUGCUUUCUUCAUUUAUUCAUCUCCACUCUACUAUUCAUAGAUAGUACUUGAAUCAACUAAAAUGUAUAUUCCAUUUCUUUAUUCAAAUCUACAGAAAUGUAUGUCCUGGAAGGGGGUAGCUAAAAAUAAACAGUGUCAGUGGAGUUUUGUUUGAUCAGUGACUCCACACACUAUUGUUUAUGAUGAUCUCUAUAAGUAACAUAAAAAAUGGUGGAAUAACAAAGUUUAUUUAGAUUAAAAUGAUAACAUCUAACCCAGGGUGAUGUAGCUAUUACACGAGAACUAGUUGCUCAAGUAGGUGACUGUCAAGAUCAUUUGUUUUUGUCUGGAAAAAGAAAAGUUAAUGGAGUUUUAGCUUUAAUAAUUCAUGAAAUUCUAGAAGUUUGUCAUAUCAAAAACGAGUUAUGCAGUCUUUAUAGACUUUUAGAUCUUUUGUAAUGUAGAAUUGUAAACGUGUCUAAUUCUUUGGAAAUCUUACUGGGUGCCGGUCUGCAUCAUGUAGUAAGAUUUCAAAAUCGUAACUUUCAUGGGAUAGUUUCUUCUCAACACUAUACUACUUUUUAAUUCUUAAUAAGGAAGAGUAAAUUACACAAUAAUUUCAUUCAAACAACUAUGCUAAACUUCAGAUCUCUGAGACUGCAGGACAAUUAAGUAACAGAAAAACGUUCUUUAAUCACAUUAAAAAUAACAAUAGUAAUCUCAUCCGAAUAAACUACUUGUCAAAACUAGGACGACAUAUAUUUAUUUUUACAGAUAAUUGUUGUAGAAUUAUUUUCAGUUCAAAUAUUCUUUUUUGAAAAUCGUUUUAACGGUUUCCCGCACUAAUCUUCAUUGUUAUGGUCUGUGUCCAGCCAUGGAUCCAUCCCAACAGAACACACACGCGAAACUCAUGACACGUGACAUCCACCGCCUGAGACCAUCACCGACAGAAGCCAACUGUUUCUCACUGGGGGCUAUCUCGUGGGUCUCACGCUUAGAUGUUGGAUAUGGGUCUAGCCCCCCUCCAAAAGGCCCACAAGACAAUUAUCCAAACACAUGAUCACAACAAAGAAAGUCGGUUCGUCGACUUGCGAGCCGGUGAUCGACUCGGCUUUAAACUGCUUUUGAUCGGCGAGACGACCAACCGAAAGUCGUCGGCUCGAUGACUCGAGUCAGCGGCCCGACACCUCGGCCUAACCACUCGAGGAGGCCCGUCAGGACAUAGCACAUUAGGUUAACGAGCAUGUGUCUAUAAAAAGAGGAGAAAAGACAACAAGGAGGGGAUCCGUAAACUACUACACUCACUUUCGGCUAGAUUUAGGGUUUCAUAUCUUACUUCUCGCCGACUUGUACGGUCCGACGAACCAGCUUUCGCCGGACUAAUUCCUUUGUACUCUCCCCCUUUUGUAACACUGUUUCGACUCAUUGAUCUAAUAAAACACGUCUUUGUCUUGACCGACCGACAAGAAUUCGUCCUUUCUCUUUACUAGUUUAUCGACAGUCUCGGUUCAAACAGUAGAGACAGUGGGCACGAUCGUCUCUCGCGACAUGGCCGAGAAGUUUCUCAAGUUCAGCAUUGAUGAUGGCAUUGGCUGCGUCACGUGCAUCAUGUGGCUCAACCAACUCACCUCUUCUUACUUCAGCCGGUUCGACUCAUCGACGAUUCUGCUGCACUCAAGAAUCGCUCGUAGACAAGCAAGAGACAUCAGAAUCGGAGCCGUAGCUCGCGUUCGUGGCCGCGUCGGCUUGUACAGAGGAGUUAUGCAGAUCACGGCGACUAAUGUGGUAAUCGAGAGAGAUCCUAACGCUGAGAUCUUGCACUGGUUGGAGUGUGUUAGGCUUGGUCGAAGCUGUUAUCGAAUUCAAAGUUAAUUAUGAAAUUAAGUGAAGAUGAUUUCAACUGUAACUCAUGGAUCGACCAACUUAAAGUUCUUUUUAAAGUCUUCUAUCAUCCAUCUCUGAUAUCUAGUUUAUUCGUCUAUGUUAAAAUUUUGAAACUCGAAAUGAUAAUCCUUAUUUAAGUUUUAAUUUUUGAACAUUAUUAUUUUAUAUAGUCUAUACUAAACAUAAAACCAAAAAAUUACGAGAACAUACCAUAGAUCACAAAUUGAAAUCCAUGUAUGAUGAUUAGUUACAUGACUCUAACUGGUAACCAUUAACUGGUCUUGAGUUCGACUCUCAACGAGAGCAUCAUUUCUUUAUCAUCAUUUUCUUUUCAAGGAUGACACGCAUAAAUCGAGAAAUGGUCCAAAUUUUUUCAAGAAGUAUUAGAUUUUUUGAGGAAACGCACCGUUUAGCAAAAGGCAAAAAAAAAGGAGAUUUGGCGAUCGAAACUUUCGGAGAUGGAUGCGGCGGAUCCGCCGGGGUUAACUGAAUCUACGACGGAGGAAAUGGCAAAUCAGAUACAGCAGAGAGAGACUGUUGGGUUGGGAAACGUAUUGGAAGGAUCAGAGGUUUUAUCGAAGGUUUUGGAGGUUGGGGAGCAGAGUAAAACUGAAGAGAUGGUGGCAAGAGAGCAGAAACAAGCGGAGGAAAAGAGAUUAAAUAAUCGGACGGAAGGUACGGGGGUAGAGGAAGGAAAUCAAACGGGAGGUAAGGGAUUGGAGAACCUAUCAAGGGGAACUGAAAAUGGAGGUUCAUGGGCUGAGAUUGCGCAAGAGAAAAAGGUGUUGAAGAAGUAUGAGGUUAAGAUCACAGAAAAGGAAGGUGAGAAGAUGGUUGAGAUACCGGAUGAUGUCAUUGAGAAGGGAAAUCUACUAUGGGAAGACUAUUUGAUUGGGAAGUUCCUUGAUACAGCUCCACAUGUGGCUCGUGUUCAUGCUAUCGUAAACAAAAACUGGACUCAGAGAAAGCAGAAGCAGAUCGAUGUGCAUAUUGUAGACAAUACAACAAUGAAGUUUAGAGUUUCGAAUCCAGUAAUGCGAGCUCGAAUCCUUCGAAGAGGUAUGUGGAACAUCGGAAACGUGCCACUGGUUGUAACAAAAUGGACACCUGAUGAGCUGAAAGAGAAGCCAGAGAUAAAGUCGAUUCCAAUGUGGGUUUAUCUCAAGAAUGUGCUGAUGAAUAUGUUCUCAUGGCAGGGACUUAGUUUCAUCACGAGCGCUGCAGGGGUUCCAGUUAGGCUCCAUCCAGAGACAGCUUCCUGCUCGAAUUUCAAACUAGCAAAGAUCUUCGUAAAUGUUGAUCUAUCAAAGGAGUUACCAGACAAAAUAAAUUUCACCAAAAAUGGCAAAUCUUCUUUGGUGGAGUUCAUUUACACAUGGUUACCUCUAAGAUGUCACACUUGUGGAAAAUGGGGGCACAUAGCUAGAGUCUGUGUCAUGAAUAAGAAAGAUGGAACAGAGAAAUCAGUCAAACAAAUAAUAUCAGAGAGAGAAGAUACGCAAAGUGAUGGUGUUAGGAGAGAAAAUGAAGAAGAAAGAAAAAAAGAAUGAGGGUAAGGAUGUUAUUAUUGAAUCUAAUGAGGAAGUUCUGGGAGAACAAAAGACUAAUGUAGAGGAGGAUAUUGAGGAAGGGGAAAUGGUAGAAAGCUGGUCAGAUGUAACGCCAGAGAAAGCGAGCAAAAGUUCCAGCUCACUGAAGUUCAGUCAGGAGAAGCUAUUGACUCCAUCAAGAUUUUCAGCUUUGCUUGAAGUAGAUGAGAAUGGAGAUAAGAUAAAACCAAUCGAAAUGGAGAAAGUUUUGAGUAUUGAAGAAUGUAAUGAGGGGAAGAAUGUAACUGAGGAAGUUGGAAUUGAGGAGCAAACAGGGGGGGAUGAAUGGGAAUAAAGAAGUGAGAGAAGAGAAUCAAAAGAGAGACAUAGCUGGGUUGGAUUCUAAGGAGCACUGGCCUGAUCUUGCAAGCGCAACUAAAAUCAGACCUUCACUCCCGAGAAGAUCAAAAACUUUACACAAAGUCAUUCCAGAGAAACCCGGGCAGCUGAGAAAAAGGAACCCCACAAAUCUUUCUCAAUGACAGGGUUUUUUUGGAAUGUAAGAGGAUUUACUAAAAGCUCAAAACAUAGAGUAGUAAGGGAAUGGAUUCAAAAUAAAGGUCUACAGUUUGGAGGGUUGCUGGAAACAAGGGUUAAGGAAAGUAAGGCUGGUCGAAUAGCUUCAUCAGUAUUUCAAGGCUGGUCUUGCAUUAAUAACUAUGAGUUCAAUAGGAAGGGGAGAAUUUGGGUGCUCUGGAAUUCUCAGGUCAGAUUGACUCCGGUUUUUAAAUCUGAUCAGAUAAUUACAGUAUCGGUUCUAUUGGAGGGAGAGAAGGAGGAAUUCUUCUGCUCGUUUGUCUACGGAGAAAAUAUGGCAGAAAAAAGAAAAGAGUUAUGGAGGGAUUUGAAAGAUCAUCAAGAUGCUGGAAUGUUCAGGAAUAAAGAGUGGGUUAUUAUGGGAGAUUUUAAUGAGGUGUUGGAUGGAGAAGAGCACUCAAGUUACCAGGAUUCAGGUCUUGUUACUUCGGGUAUGAGAGAUUUCGAAAGUGUGAUUCAGUAUUGCAGUUUCACAGAUAUGGGGUAUCAAGGACCGCGUUUCA